AUGGGUGGUGUAUCCCAGAUUUUUUACCAAUAUCGAUUUCUUCGUGGGGACAACCCGGUCAAGUUUAUUCAAGUUGAGAUCAAAGAUGAUGAAGACAUGCAGAAUAUGUUCGCCAAUCAUGAGUAUUAUGGUUACGACUGCAUAGAACUGUAUGUUACUCUACCAGAAGUUCAACCCACACAAAUGGUUGAGUCACAAGUCAUUGAUGCACUUGAAGACGAGCAAGCAGAGGUCGACGUUGUAGAUGAAGAAGAAGAAGCACCGGAAAUAGAAGUUGAUAACUUGGUCAACGAGGAAAGUGAAGAUGAACCGGAAGUUGUUGUACCACGAGAUCAAGUGCAUAUGCCUCCAGCGCACAUGAGGAACUUGAAUUUUGAUGGGGAUGACGAACCAUCGACUGAUAUUUUCUAUGAUCCAUACACUCAAACAGAUCAACGGUUAAAAGUAGGAGACAUAUUUCGUUCUAAGGAGGCAUGUAUCAUGGCCAUAAAAAGAUUUCAUAUGGCAAACAAUGUUGAUUUUAGAGUUGAUCGCGCCAAUGUCGAGAGGUACAAAAUUUAUUGUAGAAACACUGAUUGUGGAUUCAGGUUGCAUGCAACAUACAGGAAGAGAAGUGAUUCAUGGGUUAUAGGAUAUAUUUCCCAAGAUCACACAUGUGUUAACACAAAUGUUUCACAAGAUCACUGUAAGCUAAGUUAUGACAUUAUUUGUCAAGAAAUCUUGCCUCUAGUUGAAAAAGAUCCAUCGUUAAAGGUGAAAACGAUAAUCUCUCAUAUCGUUGCAACAUACAAUUACACUCCGUCUUAUAGAAAGGCGUGGCUGGCGAAGACCAAAGCGAUCGAAAUUGUGUAUGGAAAUUGGGAGGAUUCGUACAAACGACUCCCACAUUUCUUAUAUGCGCUUCAAAUUUAUGCUCCUGGAACCGUUACUAUUUUAUAG